UCACCAAAUCACAAGAGGAAAACGUGCACUACUUUGACCAAUUGUAUUCAAUGUGUGAUUUAAAUCGCGUAACAAGAAAUGGUAGCCAGCCGACACAAGAAAAAAGAGCGGCGAUUUGAAUAGCAUUCACGAAUCAAAUAGUUGGAAUGAAGAUUGACUCCGUGGCGACGAUCGUGUAACGUUCUCAAUCAAAUAUUAUCACAAACUGGUACAAACACCCGAAACUGUGCGAAUGAAUUUCCGACACAUCAUAAAGAAUUCAUUAACGUACAUUUGAUAAUUUUACUCGUUUUUUGUGCUGCUGCUGCUCAAAUAAAGUGUUUGCAACACCUGCUGCCGCACUCAAACCGAUUCUGACUUUGAAUAUUUAUUCCACAAACUCAGUUCUAUUACCAUAUAAUAGAUUGUUGUUGUAGCAUUUUUUUUGCUGUUCGUUACUUCUAAAUUCAAUGUCUUUUUUCUGUCGUAAUUCGUUUGUGUAUUUUCAAUGUGUAUAAGAUAAAGUCGAGUAAAUACUGAGUCGCGCGCUAGGUUCGUAAAAAUAUAUAUCAAUUGUACCACAAAGGAAAAAUGCUACAAUGAUAAAAUUCAGUGGCGAGUGAGUCAAAAAAAGUGUGCAAAUAUGAAAAAGGGGAUAAUAGCGAAAAGAUACGGCGAUAAUAAGUGUGCAGAAAAAAAACAGGCGUUUCAUACGAUGAAUCGAGCACAGACAAUAGGAAAAGGAAUUAAAUAAUUUCUGGCAUAUUGUACAAUACCGUAGCGUCGUAAAAACCAUAGCGUCCAAAACACAUUUCAUGCAUAUAUUAAGGUCUGUUUUUUUUGUCAAAGUUCUGGUGGUGUUGUUUGUUGAGAGUACGGCGCGCGCGGGGCAGAAAUAAAUAGUUCACCUGCACACAGGUUGAUGUGUAUUGUUCGUCACAGCCGUUUAUAUUGCGAUAUUAUGAAACACACUCGAAUCCAAUUGGAGUCUGAAUGUGAGCUCACAAAAUACCCGUAGCGACAUCUCUCCGAAAUUGGCCGCUUCAAUCGAACACUCGCACGCACACACACACACUAACACACUAGUUGUUUUCGUCUACCCAUAAAGUCCAAUGUAACUUGUUAAGUCAAAACAAUUUGACGUUGACUUUAAUUGAUAUCCAUACGGAAAUUCGGGUGUCUCUCACUGUUGAAUUUUAUCACUACAAAAGGAAACCUACAUAACAGAUGCGUUCUAGGCUGUGUAUAACCAGCAUAAAAACACAACAGGUGCAACCAAAUAAAUAAGAUAACAGUGAAUAAAAUCGAGCAAACAUUCGAACACCCAGAAGAUUUUUGAGAAAGUAUAGAAAUUGUGUUGUGUUGUGUUUUAUUGCGAGUCUCUAUCGUUUUGCCGAUCGAAAUGUCAUCGCGUAAAAGAAGUGGUUCGGGCUCAAAAAGGCCUAAAGAAAAAGUGGUGUAUAUUUAUGAAAUGAUUUUGCGCACGGAUUUUAAAGAGCCAACCAAAGCGAAUCCCGAAUUUUGGCAUGAAUUCUUCUUACUGCAACCGAAUGUGGAAAGUCUGGAAAAUGAGAUAACCAAAUUGUCGUGUGAACAAAUAAUUGCGCUCAAAGGCAAUAUCAAUUCGCUGUUUGGCCGAUGCAUUGAAAUGCUAGACUCAGAUCAUCCGAAGCGCGUUUGUAACAGUUUACAAACCUUAUGUGCCCUUUUCUAUGCGGUUUACAAAUGGCAUGCCACCGAAACGAGUUACAUCAGCACCAUAUUCGAUUUUGAUGAAGUCGAAGAUAAAAUGAAAACAUUGAUUACGAAAUGCAACAAUCUCAUGAUAUCCGAUGUCGCCGAAACACCACGUCUUAUGUGCUUGAAACUACUUUUGGUAUUAGUCACCGGCUGCAACAAUGUUAGCCAAAACAUUUUAUUGGAAUACAUUAUGCUAAACAGUCAGUUGUUUGAAUCUUGUGUACGCCUAUUGUCCGAUCCAACGCUACGUCAAUUACAUGGACAUGAUGUUGUCAUACUCUUAACGCUACUCGUCAACUAUCGGAAAAGUGAAAGCGCCAAUCCGUAUAUCGUGCAACUAUCCAUUCUCGCCGAUGAGCUUGCAUUGAAUGGCUAUGGUCAGAUGAUUUCAACGUCUCUUAUUGAUUUUUGUCGUCAAUAUACACAGAACCUAACCGAAAUGCAUUCGUCGUCGUGGCUAUCGUCAUUGUCAAAUAUUGUGGGUAAUAUGUUUGUAUCAGAUGAGGACUGUGAUCGUGUACAGCAGAUACGUGCCAAUAAUGCGUUACUGCUGGCGCUGUACGAAGCCGUUCAUUUGAAUCGAAAUUUCAUCACGACACUAUCGCAUACACACGAAACAUCUAGCCCACCCUCACCAAGCAAUACGUUGAAUGCAAACCAGCCCGUGCCCGAUUUGGCAUCCGCUCCAGCAACGCCAACCGCACUCGACGUCACAUCACAAUAUCCAACCAACUUGCUUGUGGCUAUGUUUCAAUAUUGUUCAAUCGUGAUGCAGGACAACAAAAACGAAUCAAGUGCAGCCAAUUUGAAGUUAUGCUUCCUCAUUUUGACAUGCAUUUCAGAGGAUCAAUAUGCCAAUUCUAUGAUGCAUGACAGUAAUCUAACAUACAAAGUGCUGUUACAUCGUGCACCAAUGCGACAUCGUAAAUUGGCACAAGAUCGUUUGUCGAAAUCCCAGCCACUUGCCGCUAUUCUAUUGGAUUUACUCGUGGAAUUUAUCGUGUCACACCUCAUGAAAAAGUUUCCAAUCGAAUUGUAUUUGUUAUCGGUUGGCGUGAUCCAUCGCAUUUUAUGCUAUCAAAAACGGUAUCGUGUGCGACUCAUUUAUCCGUGGAAGGAUAUGUGGGCGGCUCUAAUCAGUUUGCUAAAAUUCUUAGUCAAUCAAGAGCCGAAUUUGAUAAAGAAAUGCAACAUAUUCCAUUUAGCCAUUCAAAUCAUCAACAUUUUCAACCUGUUUAUCACAUACGGCGACACAUUCUUGGCCACAACAAACAGCUACGACGAACUUUACUAUGAACUGAAUCGUGAAGAGAAAGCAUUUACCGAACUCCAUGCCAUGGUGCUUCGAUUUUCAUUGAUGUCUGACUGUGAGUACAAGGAAGAUGUACUGAAACUGAUGAAUUCCUUGGUAAACAUUCUGGCAAUUGUAAAGCAUUUUCAAAAUAAAAUCAAAGACUGGCUGGCUUGUCAGGGUCUGUCGACGCCAACCGAAGAACAAGUACUCGAAGUGGUUCGCAAAAAUUAUGAUCUAACAUUAAAACUGCAAGACUCACUGGAUCAUUACGAACGCUAUAAUGAACGGCCAAAGCAUGUGCAAUUCUUUACGAAUAUGGUGCGUGAAGUUGUGAUUGACACACGAAAACAAGUGUAUGCAAGCAUCAAAGAAGUCGUUCAUACGCCACAGAUUUGUGCGGCGACCACUACAUCAUCACCCACAACCCCAGCACCAAUCAACACAUCCAAUUCACUCAGUUCGAACAACAGUACUAGUACGACACCAAUAUCAUCGAUAGCGCCCGUCUAAAAGUCGACACAAACUGAACUGUUUUCGAGGCUUUUUUACGAACAAACAUUUACAAUCAUGCAGAGAGCAUUUUUAUCAUUUUUUUUUAAGAAUUUGACUUUUCUUAUUUUAAUAUAGUUUUUUUUUUGGACGAAAGAAAGCUUAAUUGAAUGUUAUUAUAAUAGUUAUUGAUCAAUAUGUAUCUCGAUAUAAUGGACCAAGUUUAGUUAACAUUAGAAGGUUGAAGUAAAAAAUGAAAACGACAUGAAGAAGACGAAAUUGAAAUACUAUCAUGUGUUUAACACUCAUUUCCAGAAAUAAAUAUCAUUGAAUUUCAA